AUGGCACUGACGGAGACCGAGGCAGAAACCAUACAUAAUAGUAUCAUCAGUGUUGAUGAGCUGCAGAACUAUGGGAUUAACGCAUCUGACUUGCAAAAGCUAAAAGCAAGCGGAAUCUUCAGCGUGAACACGGUUUUAUCCACGACACGACGCAAUCUGCUGAAGAUCAAGGGUUUCAGCGAGGUGAAGGUGGAAAAGGUGAAGGAGGCCGCGGGAAAAAUCAUCCAGGUUGGGUUUAUUCCCGCAACAGUGCAAUUGGAUAUUCGAAAGAGAGUGUUUGCCAUCUCCACGGGCUCCAAGCAGCUGGAUUCGAUCUUGGGCGGAGGCGUGAUGACAAUGUCCAUCACCGAAGUGUUUGGCGAGUUCCGGUGCGGGAAGACGCAAAUGUCGCACACGCUGUGUGUGACUGCGCAGCUGCCACGCGAAAUGGGGGGUGGAGAGGGCAAGGUGGCGUACAUCGACACGGAGGGGACGUUCCGUCCCGAAAGGAUCAAGCAGAUUGCGGCCCGGUACGAUCUUGACCCCGAUGCGUGUCUUGAAAAUGUGUCCUACGCGAGAGCGCUUAACAGCGAACACCAGAUGGAGCUUGUGGAGCAACUGGGACAGGAACUGGCUUCUGGGGACUAUCGACUUCUCAUAGUCGAUUCAAUUAUGGCCAACUUCCGUGUAGAUUACUGUGGUAGAGGUGAGCUGAACGAACGCCAGCAAAAACUGAACCAGCACCUUUCGCGCCUCAAUAGGGUCGCCGAAGAGUACAACGUCGCAGUCUUCAUGACCAACCAGGUCCAGAGCGACCCCGGCGCCUCUGCCCUCUUUGCCAGUGCGGACGGCAGGAAGCCCGUGGGCGGCCACGUGCUCGCACACGCGAGUGCCACGCGGAUCCUGCUACGGAAAGGUAGAGGAGAAGAAAGGGUUGCGAAGCUGCAGGACUCACCAGACAUGCCCGAAAAAGAAUGUGUAUAUGUUAUCGGAGAGAAAGGUAUUACUGAUGCCGAUGACUAG